AUGAAGAACCCAAAUAAAGUAGAGGAAUUCUGGGACAUCCUGGACGAUAGAAUGUCUAAAAUUCCAAAGUCAAAUGUAGUGAUAUUACUUGGAGAUUUCAAUGCCCAAAUAGGAAGAGAGAGAAUUCAAAGAACAAUAGUGGGAGAAUAUGCUGCACACCAAAGAAUAAAUAGAAAUGGGAUGAGAUUGAUUACUAUUUGUAAAAACUUUCAAUUGAAGGUAUUAUUGACUUUCUUCAGGAAAUUGCCAAGAAGAGCUAAAACAUGUAUUUCUCCAAAUCCAUGUUUCCAAGGUGAAUUUCAAAUAGAUCAUGUAGCUAUAUCCAAAGAAACAUGA